AUGGCACCCGUUACAGUCGCGGUUGUGGGAGCAACUGGUUCUCAGGGUGGAGCUGUUGUGGCGGAGCUCUUGAAGUAUCCUGAGAGAUAUCGAGUACGGGGCCUCACUCGAGAUGUCAACAAACCUGCUGCUCAACUCCUUUCCGCAAAGGGCGUUGAAGUCGUAUCUGCUGAUCUCAGUGCUGGUAGCAACGCCUUGAUCGGCGCAUUCGCUGGAGCCAGCGUCAUUUUUGGACUGACUGAUUUCUGGGCAUCGUGUUCAUCUGCAAUCGAAGUCCAGCAAGGCAGAAACCUUGUCGAUGCGGCGGCGGCCACGGCUACUUUGACGCACUUUGUUUGGAGUGCUCUCCCAGAUCCAGUUGCUCUUUCCCACGGGAAGUAUCUACAUGUUCAUCACUGGAAGGGUAAAAGCGAAGUGACUGAAUACAUUAACGCGACUUAUCCUGCACUUUGGGAAAAGACCACGACAGUACUCUUUCCAAACUAUUUUGAGAACUGCCUGACCAAUCCGGCCUCGUAUUUGCCUAAGAAUGUAUCGGGCACAUACGUCCAUUCGUUUCUGCACAGCCCGACCACUGUCCUGCCUAACGUUUCGAUCGCUGAUACGGGCAAACUUGUACGCGCUGUAAUUGAAGACGGGCAACAAUACUUUACCAAGACGAUCGCAUUCUAUGCACAGAGCUUGUCGGAAGCAGAGAAGGUUAAGGUGCUAGGAGAAGUUUUGAACGUCCCAACAAAAUACACUCAAAUCAGCCCAGAAGAAUUCCAACAAGGACUUAUUGAAACCGUUUCAAUGACCGAAGAAGAUGCUUUGGACUUUACUGAGCAGCUUCUGAUCUUUGAGACAUUCGGAAAUGUGUAUGCUCGAGACGAGUUUAUUCAAGCCGCAGAUAUACCUGGUCUUUCAUUGACCACUUGGAAAGAGUUUAUUCAAGGCCAUGACUUGCUUGGCAAGAUGAACCAUCCAAAUUAG